AGCCGUACACGGUGUUGCACGCGAUGUCCUACUAGACCGGCAUAUGCAGGCAGGGCUAUCAAAAAGCUGUAUACAUUAUACCCCGUUUGCUUACGCUUAGGAUAGGAGUCCUUCGUCCGUCCCUCCUUGCUUCAUCGCCAUGCCACACGGUUCCUCGUUCCUCUUCAUAUGGGGAAUUCUGCUUGCGGCUUUCACUAUAGGCUGCUUUGCGGAUAAGAUGAGCUGGUCUGCUUGUGAUGCUGGCCUUACAUCUUUUACGCCCGAUGAAGUGACUCUGACGCCAGAUCCACCUGUAAUUGGCUCGCCAGCUACCUUUGUCAUUAGUGGGAAGACAGAAGCGCAAGUGCAAGGAGGCACAGUCGACAUGGUGGUGUCCCUCUCUGGCAUUCCAAUUUUCACUCAAAGCUUAGACCUGUGCACCAAGACGACAUGCCCAGUGGCUCCGGGUCCCAUUUCCAUAACCCUAGUGGAGGCGUUGCCUCCUAUCGCGCCCCCUGGCGAUUACGGACUCCAGGUCAUCGCACGCGGCCCAGAUGGAGGCGAGUUGGCAUGCGUCAACGUCAACUUCUCCUUGGUGCUGCCCUCAGCCUCUGAUAUUGAGAGCAAGGCUGCCGUACACGGUUCCGUCGUACGACAGCCUGCUGCUGUGGAGUCAAAAUGGAAGCGGCUUUCGCAGCAGCACCAGGGCAGCCUGAACCCCUACAGGGAUGAGCACUUGAUUGUGGUGGCGGAUCAGGUGGCUCGGGAGCACAGGAAGGAGCGGCUGGGCAAGAGUGCAGGGCGGGAGGCGGCUUGAUCGACGUUUAGCCUUUUGGGUUGUACGUGGUGAAGCUAGGUGGCAAGCUAGGGAGCAGAUUGGGAUGUGGAGGUGCCGGUUGCGUUGAGCCUUGUUAAGGGUUGUAAUAGAAGGGCUGUUGGUUGAAAGUUGGCAAGGAGGACGUUGACGCCGUUGUCGUUGGGGAUGAAGGAGGGUGCGUUUGUCUGUUUCCGUCCCUUGUGGAAUGGUGCAGACGGCCAUAAGGGCGUAAUGCCACGUUGUUGUUGUCAACCAUGCGGAAUCGUGCGGCAGUUUAAGUUCUUGUGGUGGUCCGACGUGUGAUGUCCAAACUGGACUUCAAAAUGACCGUAGCGAUGCACGAACGCGCAUGGCGCAUGCAUGCAUGAUGACAAGGGGUAAGAUGAGAGAGACGCAUGCAGGGAUUCGUUGGCCACCUGCCGUGACAACUGUACGGAGCGUUGCCUUGCGUCCUGGCGCACUUGGCAAUUUGGUACCGUGUGCUGAUAGAUCGAUCUCAAUCCGUCACCGACCGGGGUAUAACACCGUACAAGCUUGCAAGGAGCCGGCCCGUAGUUACAGCAUAUGCACUUGAAAUACCCCUUUACUGUGAUGCGCGGACAGGAGUGCAGGAAUUUAUUAUUACCAUCCUCGGCGAUGUCAUCCAACGCUUCGUCUCAUGUUCUUCCUCCCUCCACACUCUCACCCAGCAACGCUCCCCUGCUGGAUGCACCAACUCCACGCUCGAAUACCAUGUGCAUGCUGCCCUUCCAACUCCGCC